AUGGCGACGCACUCAUCUACCGAGUUGUCUCAAUCCGGGAAAACGCAGGAGCGUAUCACAAUUGCUUUCCUUGUUCUAGCCUGGUUCUUCAUUCUACUUCGAAUAUGGACGAGGACGAUUGUUAUCUCAAAUUUUGGCUGGGUGUAUUGUGCAGCUACGCUCUAUAUUGAAGCAAAUGGCGGAGGAACGCACAUAACGGAUGUGUCGCAUUUGCAGCUACUCACCAAGUGGGUUGUCGUGAGCGAAGCCUUGUAUGUCAUGGCCAUGAUGACACUGAAAAUCUCCCUUGGAAUCUUCUUCGCACGUAUCGUCAUCAAACCAUGGCACUUCAUGCUCAUCUACAUCACCGUUGGAGUCAACAUUAUCUCUUCCACAGCAUCCUUUUUCUACGUCCUUUUUCGUUGCGGAACAGAACUCAACAACUACGUCCUGCGACAAAUCCAGGACAAGUGUACUGCACAGCCGUUGGAUCUCUUCAUGGCAUACCAAUCCGCUAGCUUUAUCACUCUGACCGACUUGAUAUUCCUGGUCCUUCCACUCAUUAUUCUCUGGAACGCGAAUAUGGACCGCAAAUCGAAGAUCUCAAUUGGCUUUAUUCUGUGUCUUGCCGCACUUGGUUGCAUUUGCUCAAUAAUUCGUUUUCGCUACGUACGCGGUCUUACCGAAAUCGAUGGCUUCUUCUGGAACGCCGUGAACAUCUCCAUAUGGUCCACCAUCGAGGCCGGGGCCAGCCUCGUCGCUGGCUGUCUUGCUACUCUACGCCCUUUCCUUAAAUGUUCCAUCAAACUUGUACGAGAGAGAAUUAGCAUUGGGAAAAGUAUUACUAAGGCGGUAUCCAAGUCAGUGCGCUCGGAAUCAUCGACGAACCAAAGUUCAAAAGCGACUUCCACGCCAAAACUCAAAACAAUAAUUUCGAGUCCGAAGAGAGAAGAAGAGAGGGACAACAGGAAUCGAAGUGGAACAAUGGACACCGAUGAUCCAGAGUUCAUGGAUUUUCUCGCGCUACCGGGAGACGAGAUCAUACCAUUGGAGGAUUUACCUGGACGUGAGCGUAGAAGUACAGAGUUGAUACUAAACAAGGGCGACAAUGAGAGGGACAUGGAGUUUUCAUGGCCACUAGGGCCAGAUGCUGUUGGAGAGGAGCCCAAAGAGCGGAGACGGAAGACAGCGCGUGCGAGUUGGUCGAUGAUUAGGGGAAGCAGCAGGGCGGCUGAGGAACCUCGCUCUGAGCCUCUUUCAGCAGGUGCGAGAGAUGAUAAAGUGGAUGAGGUAUAG